UUAUUUCCGUGGGUAGCUCUUCGGACCUUUAAUUUUCGUUCUGCCCAGCUGCUAGUCUCUACUAACACCCGGCGUUGGUUGUGCCCGAUUUUUUUUUUUUCUUUUUUGGAGUUUUUGUCCAUCUGUAGGAGCUGAAUACACACACAUUUUGAUGGGGUUUCCCUUAGUUUGGUGCGUUAUCAGCACAGAGCGGAAGUUCGCCUUUCGAGCUUUUUGGUUAGCUGACGUUAACGUUACUAAACGUUAGAUUAGCUAACUUUGCUAACGCGUGCUAUUGUAAGGCGAUGAAGAAAAGUAGCAUUAACUACUCCGUUUGCAAAUGUCCCACUGUAGACUGUUACUGAUACAGUCGUUUGUUACAGCUGUCUGGCUAAGUAAAGUUUGGAAACGCUUGAAAGCUAAACAGUCAUUUCAGCACUACUGCUUGAGCCUUCAAACAGCAAGAUUACAUCGCCUACCAAAAUCAUGGAUUUUGAUAACAUAUUGAACAUCGCCUCACAAAACCAGGGCCUCACCAGUGUACAGAAGAGAUACAGUUUACAAGCUGGACCCCCGAAAAAGGACCCAAAGUCAAAGGGUGUAAAUCCCGCUGCUGUGCAGGCACUUCUGAAGAAGCAAGUCACUGAAAACAAAAAGAAAGAAUUGGAAAUGAAGAAACAGAAAGAAGAGCUAUUAGCCAAGAGGGUUGAGUUAAAGUCAGACCGUAAAGCACGCGCCAUGGCCUCCCGAACUAAGGACAACUUCAGAGGCUACAAUGGCGUCCCAGUGGUAGAGGGUCCCAAAAAGAGGAGAUCAAAACAAGAUAUGCAGGAAGAUGACUUGAAUGGGGGAAGUUUUAGGAAUAAUAAAAUUGACCCAGAGGAUGAUGAGGAUAACUACGAGUAUGAACAGACAGAUUCAGAGCCAGAGUAUGAGCCUGAGCCACUGAGGCCUGGGAGAAUAGCGGGUAAUAGUGGCAGUAAUAGUAGUAGCAGCAAAACGUCUUCUAAAAAAAACAGUGGGCCACCCAAGCCCCCUCCACCUUCCAUGAACUUUGCUGACUUGCUCAAAUUGGCAGAAAAGAAACAGUUUGAACCAGUUGAUCUAAAACCCAAGGUAGUGAAAAAGGAAGAAAGGCUGCGCACAGCUGAUGAGAUAAAGGAACUGGAGAUGGAGCGCAAGGCUAAGAAACAAGACAAAGACAAAAACUCAAAGGCAGACAGAGGAAGAGAUGGGAAGUCUCAGUCUGUUUAUAGUUCAAGUCAAAAAAACACUUUAGAGAGGGAACAGAAAAACAGCAGACCGCAAAAGAUCUCCUUAGAAAAGCAAAGUGUGUCCAGUGGGUCAAUGAAGAAGUCGCAACCAACAGCGAUUAGUGAUACAGGCCCCUCUUUUUCCAAACCCUCUGGUAGUGAUAGAGAAAGAGAGAGAACCAAGAUGUCUUGCAGUGAUAAAGACAAAUCCAAGACAAGCUUGUCUAAUUCAUCAGGUGUCAUAAACAGUAAAGUACCUUCAAAAGCCAUGUCAUCUCAGGUUUUAGCCAAACAAGGGGCCCCAAAGCCCUCGUCUAGCCACAAAUCCAGCACCUUAAGUGACCUUAGCUUUAGAAGAGAAAGCUCGUCAUUACUUCAAGGAAAAGUUUCAGGUAUUCCUGGGAACAGGCCUUCUGGUACAGCAGGCACAGGCCAGAAGUCCAAACAGGUGAGUUCCCAACAGAUUAAGCCUAGUCAGGGUAGCUCCUCAAAGCAGGGACCCACAAAUGGAGGCCCUAAGUUUGUAAGGGGAGAACCACCACGGUCUGGAAUGAAUUCUGCAGCAAAAUCAGGUGGAAAUUCAGUGAUGAGACCUUCUUUGAGUGGCCCUCCUAAGGCAGGGAGCCAACCUCAGUCAAGAACUGGAGGGACAUCUGGUAGUGUGCCAAAGGCCAAGCCUGGUGGUAGUGGCCUGCAAGGUCAUCCUGGAAGUAAUGUAUCCCGACCUCAAGGAAGUGGACCAGGUCGGCCUGGCAGUGGAGGACUUGGACCAGGAAGGCCAACUAGCAGUAGUGGAUUAGGACCUGGAAGACCAAAGUGCACUGUAGUGUCAGAGACCAUCUCAUCAAAGAAUGUUGGUGGACCCAGGCCAGGUAUGCCACCUCGACCGGGUAUGCCACAGAGACCAGGUAUGCCACAGACCGGUAUGCCACGGGUAUGCCACAGGGUAUGCCACAGGGAUGCCAUGCCACAGAGACCACAGAGACCGGGGAUGCCACCUCGGCCGGGGAUGCCACAGAGACCUAUGAUGAACAGACCACCAGGACCAAUGCUUCCACCUAUCACAUCUGCAUACAAGAGGAAAUAUGAGGAUGAGGAAGAUGAGUAUGACUCAGAAAUGGAUGAUUUUAUUGAUGAUGGAGGUGAGGAGCAGGAGGAAAUUUCUAAGCACAUAAAGGAAAUCUUUGGCUAUGAUCGAACCAGAUACAGAGAUGAGAGUGACUAUGCACUAAAAUUCAUGGAGAGCAGCUGGAAAGAUUUGCAGAAAGAAGAAGCUAGGAGCCUGAGAAUGGCUGUGCAGGAGGAUCUGGAGGAGGAAAGAAGGGAGGAAGAUGAGCUGAAAAAAAACUGCAAGAGGAAAAAAAUGAACUGA